UCUCUCUUUUUGAGAAUCCUAUCCUAUAUGACACGUCAUCAUUUCCCAAAACCUCUGAUCCCAAAAACUACUAAUCACUCUGUUUUAACACUUGACUACUAGUCAUUAUCUCUCUCACUCUCUCUAACUGAUCAGAUCCGUACAGAGAAGGAUGAUGAGGCAGUUGGUGAAGAGAGUUGUCAAUAGAGCUUCAGCUUCCUCCAGCCCUGCCAUCUCCAUCUUCCGCUCUGGUUUCGCCACCUCCUCCCCUACGCCGCAGAUUCCGCCGUUCGAUUACGAGGCGCGGCCGUAUAAUGGUCCCUCCGCCGAAGAAGUUUUCGAGAAACGGAAGAAGUUUCUGGGACCUUCUCUUUUCCAUUUCUACCAAAAGCCUCUUAACAUCGUGGAAGGGAAGAUGCAGUACUUGUUUGAUGAGAGUGGUAGGCGAUACCUUGAUGCCUUUGCUGGAAUUGUCACUGUCUCCUGCGGUCACUGCCAUCCCGACAUUCUCAAUGCUAUUAAUGAACAGAGCAAGCUUCUUCAGCACGCCACCACCAUCUACCUACAUCAUGCUAUUGGCGAUUUCGCUGAAGCUUUAGCUGCUAAGAUGCCUGCUAACCUUAAGGUUGUCUACUUUGUAAACUCUGGCUCGGAAGCUAAUGAGCUAGCAAUGAUGAUGGCUAGGCUCUACACUAAUAGCCUUGAGAUGAUUUCUUUGAGAAAUGCUUAUCAUGGUGGAAGUUCUAACACUAUUGGACUCACUGCUCUCAACACUUGGAAGUACCCGUUACCACAGGGAGAAAUCCAUCACGUCGUAAAUCCAGAUCCAUACCGUGGAGUUUUUGGUUCUGAUGGUUCUAUGUAUGCUAAAGAUGUUCAAGACCAUAUCGACUAUGGUACUUCUGGAAAAGUCGCUGGAUUUAUCGCUGAGACCAUCCAGGGGGUGGGAGGAGCUGUAGAAUUGGCUCCUGGUUACUUAAAGUCGGUUUAUGACAUUGUCCGCAAAGCUGGUGGUGUAUGCAUCGCCGAUGAGGUCCAAACUGGAUUUGGCCGCACAGGAAGUCAUUAUUGGGGUUUCCAGACCCAAGAUGUAGUACCCGACAUAGUCACAAUGGCAAAGGGAAUUGGAAAUGGAUUGCCAUUAGGAGCUGUGGUGACUACACCAGAAAUCGCUAGCGUAUUAGCUACAAAGAUUCAGUUCAACACGUUUGGUGGGAACCCGGUCUGUUCAGCUGGUGGACAUGCUGUUCUAAAGGUUAUUGAUAAGGAGAGACGCCAAACACACUGCGCUGAAGUUGGUUCCCACCUUAUUCAACGUUUGAAAGAUCUCCAGAAAAGACAUGAUAUCAUUGGAGAUGUGAGAGGAAGAGGAUUAAUGGUUGGGAUAGAGCUUGUGUCUGACAGGAAGGACAAGACACCAGCCAAGGCUGAAACAGCUGUCUUGUUUGAGCAACUUAGAGAAUUGGGCAUUCUCGUUGGAAAAGGAGGACUUCAUGGGAAUGUUUUCAGGAUAAAGCCACCAAUGUGUUUCACCAAAGACGACGCAGAUUUCUUGGUAGAUGCAUUGGACUAUUCCAUCUCCAGGUUGUGAAGAAGGACGAGAGAAAGCGAAUGAGAGUUUUAACCUUAUGUUCUGUUUUUCAUCGUCUUUUUAAUGUUCCAAUCCAACUCUCUCACUCUUCCUUGUUCCUUUUGUAAUAACACUCUCUUCAUGUGAUUUGAAAAUUAAAUAAAAUAAGUAUUCAAGCA